CAUUCCAGCCCACCUCUGGGAAUCUGCUGGCUCCUCCACACUUUCUCACUGAACUCCAGUCAAACCUUUACAGGAGCUAAAGAGACUGAGCUGACACAAAAUGAGAGGACUUGUUGUCUUGGUUACUUUGGCCUGCUUCGCCACUGCUCAGCACCAAGCACUGAUUGACUACUUGGAGCGGAGGCUGCUUGCUAUUGAGGACCGCAUCUCUCUGUGGCACGAACAGACCACCCGCUACGCCUCAGAGCUGCGGGAAUUGAAGCAACAGAUGGUUUCCCAGCUGGAGAACCUGGAUAAGGAGAAGGAGACACUGCGGACGAAUCUGGACAGCGUGGGGACGCGGGUGGACCGGGUGGAGCGUGAGCUGGACUACCUGGAGACUCAGAACGGAGCUCAGCCAUGUGUGGAUGUGGACGACAAGCUGAUCGAGCAGCAGGUGACGCUGGUGAAGGAGAAGCAGAAGGCCAAGUAUUCAAAAUUAUCAGACUGCAGCGACAUGAUCUCCAGCAUAAAAGCCAUGAAGAUCUUGAAGCGAGUCGGAGGGCCAAAGGGCAUGUGGACCAGAGACACCAGCAGGGCCUCUGGGAAGGUUUACAUUUUUAACGGGACGGAUGAAGACACCGUCCACGAGUUCGCCACCAUGCAAGACUUCGCCCGCUCGCUGGGCAUGUCUCAGUCCAAGAGCCUGAAGCUGCCAUCUGCCUGGAUGGGAACAGGACACAUUGUCUACAACAAUCACGCGUAUUACACAAGCCAGGCUGAGGAGAUCAUGUUGGUUAAGUAUGACAUGAAGAACAGCUCUGUGACUGACACCGCAGUGUUCCCGGCGCAGGACCAUGUCCCAGUGUACGGCCUGACCCCCGAGACGGUGAUGGACCUGGCUGUGGACGAGGAAGGCCUGUGGGCCAUUUAUGCCACGCGGCAGAACGAGAGGCACAUCUCUCUGGCUAAAAUGGACGCCAACUCGCUGGACAUUGAGCAGAUGUGGGACACGAACUGCCCGAGAGAGAACGCAGAGGCGGCGUUCGUCAUCUGUGGCACUUUGUAUGUAGUGUACAACACCAAGCAGCCCGGCCGCUCCCGCGUCCAGUGUGUGUUUGACGUCAAUGAUAUGGUGACCAACGAAGAUGCACCACUGAUUUACUUUCCCAAGCGUUACGGGGCCCACUCCAGUCUGAAGUACAACCCACAGGAGCAGCUGCUGUACGCCUGGGACGAUGGCUACCAGAUCCUGUACAAGCUUGUCAUGAAAAAGAAACUGGAAGUCUGAGCUGAAGAAUCCACUGCACCAUCCUCACGUAAAAUGUCCACAAACACACCCAAACCCCCUUCAAGGACCAUACCAUUGAUUUUACAUGUUAGAGCUCCUUAACUACAUAUCAUGUGCACUUUAUAUCACUGCUGACCAAAGCAUGCUGCAGAAUGUCAGAUUCUUGAAUGUUUUCUUGCACAGUACAGAAAUACACUAGCACACUUACUUUAACUGUACGAUCCAGUGACAUCAAGCCUACUUUUUUAUGCUUUCCUCAUUGUGACGUUGUAAAACAGCUGGAGUCCAUUUUGAUUUUAAAGGUCUCAACAAUUACAUGACAUUUUAGAAAAACUAGCGCAGAUCUGAUGUUCACUGUGACACAUUCAACAAGUUGAGCAAGUGUCUGCGCCAUGGUUUUCAUCAGCAAUGGAGGGUCAGAAAAAUUCAUUCAAAACACUCCAACAUGGCACGCAGUGACGUUUAGUACUGAUUAGCUGUUACAUGCAGCAUCACUGGUACGGUCCUGAAGUCCGAAUCACCAAAAGCCAAAAACAGUGCAGAAGUGCUGGACUGUCAGACUGUAUCUGUAGACUUUCACACACUUUCAGAUGUGAGCAUUCAACACAUUUCCAGAUUUUUGACAGCUGUUACACUAUUUCUAAUGAGACUGCACUGCACACAGUCAUCGCUGUGUCUACUGGUGCCUCAACUCACUGUACUUACCUGUGAUCUCUUGUGCUACUGUCAAAGUUUCUAAAGGUGUUCCAAGGCGAGGCUACUUUAGGUUAUGGUGUUAAGCGCUUGUUUCGUUUUGGUCAUGCUACAAAUAUAGGACACAUCCUACUUUAGUGUGAUUAUGAUAGAAUAAUUGUAUAAUUAGUAUGAUUUACAACACCACUGACUUUGAUCGCUCUAACAAAAUCUGUCCAUCUUUUUAUACUUCACGUUACAUUUUGUUGUCUGAAUAAAUGUUGAUGACAUGAAUCUUUGUAGCAUUGUGUGAAAACACUCGUUUGUUGUUUAGUUUAAUUCAACCUUAGCUCUUUGCUCCUGCAGUCAUUAAAGCCAGGGUGGGGGCAUGAGGUUGAAAUGAGAUGUAAGAUGUGUAGCAUCUAUGAUAAUUGCAUCUAAACCCAGGCUUUAGUGUUGCUGAACUUGUCAGUAUAUAACAUUCAUUAUAUUGUAUAAAAGGCUUAGUUCGGGAGAUAGCAUUAAAACAUGUAUACUUUGCUGCUUUAUUAAUUUAUCAUCCAUCAUGCAGAGACUGAUUAAAAAAACAACAUAUGUCAUAAUCCAAAUCUCAACAGUGUCACUUGCAAUGCAAUCCCAGCAAUGUGGUCACAAUAGCCUCAGAGCAUCAGUAAAUAUAACUGGGAUACGUGCGAGACACAGCUAGCUGGCUAGCACUGUUAUCAUUCUGCCUGCUUUCCCCACACACUGAGCACAUAUGUAUUCUGUGGUGUUUUAUUUCACUUUCAUUGAAUGAAAUCACCAAAAUUAACAAAGAGCACCACUGUUUGAAUUACACACAUGUAAUGCAUAUUAAUUUAUAUCUGAAUAUGACACAUCUAUUUAUGAUAUAAUCAUUUCCCCACAAUUAUCUGUUCCUAUUUCUGCCUCUACUUAUUGUUCGUUAUGAAA